GCUAGGGGCUCGCGGAGGGCUGGGGCAGACCCAGGGCGGGGCUCGCUCGGCCGGGUGGGGGUGGAGCUGGCUGAGCCCGCCCGCGCACCCCCUGCCCCACGCCCAGGUGCUAGCCAACCCCCAGGAUGGCGGAAGCGCACCAGGCCGUGGCCUUCCAGUUCACUGUGACCCCGGAUGGGGUCGACUUCCGGCUCAGUCGGGAGGCCCUGAAACACAUUUACCUGUCUGGUAUCAACUCGUGGAAGAAACGCCUGAUUCGGAUCAAGAAUGGCAUCCUCAGGGGUGUGUACCCUGGCAGCCCCACCAGCUGGCUAAUGGUCGUCAUGGCGACUGUGGGGUCCUCCUAUUGCAACGUGGACAUCUCCAUGGGGCUGAUCUGUCAUAUCCAAAAAUUCAUCCCUGAUGGAUGCAGCCCCUACCAAACUCCGCAGACCAAGGCACUCCUCAGCAUGGUCAUCUUCUCCACGGGAGUCUGGGCCACUGGCAUCUUCUUCUUCCGCCAAAGCCUGAAGCUGCUCCUUUCCUACCAUGGCUGGAUGUUUGAGCUACACGGCCACACCAGCCGCGUCACCAGGAUCUGGGCUAUCUGUGUCCGCCUUCUGUCCAGCCGGCGGCCCAUGCUCUACAGCUUCCAGACAUCGCUGCCCAAGCUUCCUGUGCCCAGUGUGGCGGCCACAAUCCACAGGUACCUGGAGUCUGUGCGGCCCUUGUUGGGGGACGAGGAAUAUUGUCGCAUGGAGGUACUGGCCAAAGAAUUCCAGGACAAGACUGCCCCGAGACUGCAGAAGUAUCUGGUUCUCAAGUCCUGGUGGGCAACCAACUACGUGAGUGACUGGUGGGAAGAGUACAUCUACCUGAGAGGCAGGAGCCCCCUCAUGGUGAACAGCAACUAUUAUGUCAUGGACUUUGUACUUGUCAAGCCCACGGAGAUUCAGGCUGCCCGCCUGGGGAACAUCAUUCACGCCAUGAUAUUGUAUCGUCGUAAGCUGGACCGGGAAGAGAUCAAGCCCGUGAUGGCUCUGGGCAUUGUGCCCAUGUGCUCCUACCAGAUGGAGAGGAUGUUCAACACCACCCGCCUCCCGGGCAAGGAGACAGAUGUGUUGCAGCAUCUGGGGGACAGCAGACACGUGGCUGUCUACCACAAGGGCCGCUUCUUCAAGGUCUGGCUUUAUGAAGGCUCGCAGCUGCUCAAACCCUGCGACCUGGAGAUGCAGUUCCAGCGAAUCCUGGAUGACCGCUCCCCACCACAGCCUGGGGAAGAGAGGCUGGCUGCCCUCACAGCCGGAGGAAGGGUGGAGUGGGCUGAGGCUCGCCAGGCCUUCUUCAGUUGCGGCAAGAACAAGGCUGCCUUGGAAACUAUUGAACGGGCCGCCUUCUUUGUGGUCCUGGAUGAAGAGUCCCACUGCUAUGACCCGGAGGAUGAAGCCAGCCUCAGCCUCUACGGCAAGGCUCUGCUGCAUGGCAACUGUUACAACAGGUGGUUCGACAAGUCCUUCACUCUCAUCGCCUUCAAGAAUGGCCAUAUAGGCCUCAACACAGAGCACGCGUGGGCAGAUGCCCCCAUCAUAGGACACCUCUGGGAGUUUGUCUUGGGUACUGACGUUUUCCACCUGGGCUACACGGACACCGGGCACUGUUUGGGCAAACCAAACCCUGUGCUGAUGCACCCUCAGCGGCUGCAGUGGGACAUUCCAGAGCAGUGCCAGGCGGCCAUUGAGCGCUCCUACCAGGUGGCCAGGGCCCUGGCGGAUGACGUGGAGCUACACUGCUUCCAGUUCCUGCCCUUCGGCAAAGGCCUCAUCAAGAAGUGCCGCACCAGCCCUGAUGCUUUUGUUCAGAUCUCCCUGCAGCUGGCUCACUUCCGGGACAGGGGCAAGUUUUGCCUGACCUAUGAGGCCUCAAUGACCAGAAUGUUCCGGGAGGGACGGACAGAGACUGUGCGGUCCUGCACCAACGAGUCCACGGCCUUUGUGCAAGCCAUGAUGGGAGGUCACCGUACGAAAGCAGACCUGAAAGACCUCUUCCGGAAAGCGUCAGAGAAACACCAGAACAUGUACCGCCUGGCCAUGACGGGAGCGGGGAUUGAUAGGCACCUCUUCUGCCUCUACUUGGUCUCCAAGUACCUGGGGGUCACGUCCCCUUUCCUGGCUGAGGUGCUCUCAGAACCCUGGCGUCUCUCCACCAGCCAGAUAGCUCAAUUCCAAAUCCGUAUGUUUGACCCAAACAAGUACCCCAAUCACUUGGGUGCUGGAGGUGGCUUUGGCCCGGUAGCGGACGACGGUUAUGGGGUUUCUUACAUGAUCGCAGGUGAGAACACCAUCUUCUUCCAUAUCUCCAGCAAGUUCUCAAGCUCAGAAACAAAUGCCCAGCGCUUCGGGAACCACAUCCGUCAAGCCCUGCUGGACAUUGCAGAUCUUUUCCAAAUCCCUGAGGCUGCCCGCUGAGG